AUGUGCAACACGAACGACUGUGCAGAAUUCUAUGAAGUUUCGGAAAAGUCAUCGUACAGUAUACAUCGAUAUGGAAAGCUUAGGACUUACAUUCAACAGCACCAAGCACUCACUGAUUUUUGUAAAAAACUCGAAGAUGUAUUCAACUUAAUUGUACUUGGACAGGUGUCGCUAUUCAGCUUAUUAAUCUGCCUCGAUGGGUAUUUGAUACUUAUGGAUGAUGCUCCCGCCACAAGACGCUUUACUUUCGCCUUUCAUAUAACGGGUUGCAUGUGUCAACUGCUGAUGUUCACCUAUAGUUGCGAUUGUCUGAUACGAGAUAGUGCGAACGUAGCUAAUGCCGCGUAUAAAAGCUUAUGGUCGCGCUUACCGAUGGACCAAUUUGGAAAAAUAUUACGCAAGGACUUAAUACUGGUUAUCAUGAGGUCCGCGACACCCUCUUGUUUGACUGCUUGUGGAUUCUUCACUGUGUCAUUGGAAACUUACACCGGGACCUGCCUUUACAACGUGUGCAACAUUUUGGCGGUCCUAAUGCCUCUUCUGAAGAUGACAGUAUUGCUUGCGCAUAAACAAGAACUUUUUCAUUUAAUCACGUAUACGCAACGAAAAUUUUGGCACGAGAAUUACGAUGAGAACGAAAAAAGGAUUUAUAUAGACUGCAAACGCAAAUGUACCGUCUUUGUUUGUUUCGUAAUAUUCACGACCAAAGCGACCCUUAUUUGUUACGCCCUUAGUCCAAUUAUUGAAAAUAUUGGAAGGAACGAGUCAGCCAGAGAAUUUCUAUUUAAUAUGUGGAUUGAUCUACCACUGACAAUGUCCCCAUACUAUGAAAUGACAUUCAUGUUACAGCUCCUGACAUUGUACCAUAUUGGAGUCGGCUAUUUCUGUUUCGACAAUCUAUUAUGCGUCAUGAAUCUACACUUGGCUACUCAAUUUCAAAUACUGCAAUAUAAAAUGUCCCGCAUGACCGAUUUAACGAAUAAAGAGAAGGGAGAAACAAAUCCACAAUUGUUCUCAGGAUCAUCGACAAAGAAAUAUUACACCGUCUUUAAGAAGUAUGUUCAACAACAUCAAGCUCUCAUAUCUUAUUGUGGAAAACUGGAAUCGGUAUUUAAUUUGCCUGUUUUGGCGCAAGUGCUGACGUUCAGCUUGGUAAUGUGUCUCGAUGGGUACCAGAUACUUAUGCCAGGAGCACCUACCAGAACACGUUUCAUCUUCAGCUUCCAAUUAAUAGCCUGUCUAUGCCAAUUACUGAUGUUCACCUACAGCUGUGACUGCAUCAUGCAAGAAAGCACGAGCGUAGCUUUGGCAGUGUAUAAAGGACCUUGGUCAUUUUUGCCUGCAACCGAAAGCGGUAUGAUGAUGCGAAAAGACUUGAUACUCGUUACUAUAAGAUCUGGCGUACCUUGUUGCAUAACAGGCUAUGGAUUCUUCAUCGUGUCUCUAGAGACAUACACUCGGGUUUUAAGUACUGCGGUAUCAUAUUUCACACUGUUAAGACAAACUACACAGGAGACCCUCAAUUCGUAA